UUUAAUUAUAUUAAUUGUAUUGAAGUGAACACCACAUCGGGUGUAGUGAACGGACAUACGAUACAUGUGUUGAAUGCAAGUAUUCAUGAAUUUCUUGGCAUACCUUACGCUCAGCCACCGGUCGGUGCUCUACGGUUUGCAAAACCUGUGCCCAUCGAAAAGCCUUCAAAAGAUAUCAUAGACGCUACAAAACCCGGGAACUCAUGUAUGCAAAAACCGCCUGAUUAUGCACAGGAGUUGUGGGGAAAUGUAACCCUAAGUGAGGACUGUUUGGUACUAAACAUAUGGACACCAAAUGUGGAAAACAGUACCCGAUCGGAGGCUUUGCCACUAAAACCAGUCAUGUUUUACAUACACGGCGGGGGUCUGUUGUGGGGCUCAAUAUUUAACCCCAUAUACAACGGCAGUUCGUUUGGUUUCUUAUAUGGCGAGGAAGUGUCGGCGCCCGGAAAUGUAGGUCUUUUUGACCAGUUAUUGGCACUCAAAUGGGUCAGAGAAAACGUUCAUUUAUUUGGCGGGGAUAGGGAUCAGAUCACUAUAUUUGGUCAGAGCGCCGGCAGUUGGUCGGUAUCGGCGCAAAUAUUCUCACCCCUAUCCCGGGGCUUAUUCAAGAGGGCUAUUAUGCAAAGUGGGGCCCAUAUGUACAAUAAGGACCGGGAUAUUAUCAACACUACCGAAGCCCUGGCUAUGGGCCACGAAUUGGCGCAACAACUGAAGUGUAAUUCAUCUGAACAUUGGUUAACAUGUUUGCGAGGAGUGGACGCAAAGGAACUCCUAAAAUAUAUACCCAAAUAUGUGGAUCCGGUCGAAGGCACUGAGUAUUUGCCCAUUUCUGCACAAAAGGCCUAUGAGACCAAAAAGUUUAAUUCAGACAUCGAUUUAAUGGCCGGAAAUACAUUAGACGAGUGUUCGGGUGCCUUAAGCCGUAUGUUUCCCGACGUCCACAACAUUACUGUCGACGUGUUUAAGGGAUUGGUGUCGCAAAGCAAUCAAGUAUUUCACGGAUUAGACACAGAAAACGUGACCAACUUUUAUCUGAGAAAUGUCGACCCCGAAGAUCCCGGUGCCAUUGAGCGGGCAUUCGACGUGUUUUACGGCGAUUUGAUGCAAAUAUGUCCCACGUACUUGUUUGCCAAACAAUAUGCGACAAGUGUUCAACAAUUAAAAAAUAUAUACUUUUUUGAUCUGACAUUCACGAGCCAACACGUUACUAAUAUCACGGGCUGUCAGCCCGGAAAGGUAUGUCAUUUGGCUGACUUGCCGUUCGUGUUCGGUAUGCCGUUUAGAGUGCCGGAGGUUUUCACUCACGAGGAGACUGUGUUCAGUCGCGAUGUCAUGAAAAUGUGGACCAAUUUUGCUAAGACUGGUUUU